AUGGCUAUCAAAAAAUCCACAAAGAAGUUUCAGCAACGGCGAUUAGGAGAUGUGCUCGAGAGACGAAAGGAAUUCUCCAAAAUCAAGCAACGACACCAAGUGAACGACAAGAGAAAGGCCCGAAAUGCCGAACGACGUGAGAAAGAGGCGGCCGAGAAGGUCGUUGAUCCUGAAGAACAGGCCAAGGAAAAUGCCUUUGCAGAAAUGAACGUGGACGAUUUCUUUGCUGGAGCAUUUGACAUUGCGGACCCUAAGGGCAAAGGGAAAAAGACUCAGAAGAAGGAUGUGACCGCGAAGACCGGUAAACGGAAGCGCAUCGACGAGAACGCUAAAGAUGAUGAGUCCGAAGCCGAAAGCGUCGAGGAGGAAGCUGCGUCGGAUUCAGAAGAACAGUCAGAUGCUAGCAGUGUCGGGGAUUUUGAAGAACACAAAGGACAACUGGAAUCCCUCAAAGAGAAAGAUCCAGAGUUCUACAAGUACCUCAAGGAAAACGAUGCUGAACUUCUUGAUUUCGAUGAUCAUGGAGAUUUGGCCGAAGUUGAUGAGUUGAGCGAGACGGAGGAUGGGCCAGCGAAGAAAAAAAAGAAAUCCAAAGGUUCGGAAGCGGAGGCUAUGAAAGACAACAUAGUCACGAUGUCCGAAGUCAAAAAGUGGCAGAACUCUUUGCAAGAGCAAAACUCCAUGAGAGCUCUCCGACAAGUUGUUCUUGCCUUCCGAUCAGCAGCAUACGUUAAUGACGCCGAUAACCAGGACACUAAAUACACCAUCUCGGAUCCAGACGUCUACCACCAAGUUCUAAUUACAGCAUUGGAGAUGGUGCCAAAGGUACUGGCCCACCAUCUACCAGUGAAGGAAACCGCAGGAGGUAGAGUCAAAGUAGCGGCGGAAUCGCAGAAAUUCAAAACGCUCAGUCCGCUCAUCAAAUCACACACGUCGUCCGUCCACCAACUACUUACGAAUCUAUCUGAUGCAUCUACCCUCAAGUUGACACUCGCAUCUAUUGAACCCAUGUUGCCAUAUCUUCUCCAGUUUCGCAAAGUGCUGAAGGUUAUUGUGAAGAUGGUGGUCAGCAUCUGGUCUGACAACACCAAUUCCGAGGCCGUUCGUGUUACUGGUUUCUUGAUUAUGCGUCGCCUGAUGAAAAUUGGUGAUGCUGGAAUCAGGGAGGCUGUCCUUAAAGCGACAUAUGAAGGUGUCGUCAAAGGCAGCCGGAAUACUAAUGUACAUACCCUUGCAGGUGUCAACCUGACCAAGAACUCGGCAGCUGAGAUUUGGGGCAUUGAUCAGAAUGUGUCUUAUACUACAGGAUUCAGCUUCAUUCGCCAACUGGCCAUUCACCUUCGAGGCAGUAUCACGAAUAAGACCAAAGACUCCUACAAAACCAUCUACAACUGGCAAUACGUGCACUCACUUGAUUUUUGGUCUCGGGUGCUCUCUCAGCACUGCAAUGCUUUGGUCGAGGCGGAAGCUGGAAAACAAUCCGCUUUGCGACCUUUGAUCUAUCCUGUUGUACAAAUUACCCUGGGCGCUAUGCGCCUCAUCCCCACCCCGCAAUACUUUCCUCUACGCUUCCAGCUUGCGCGUGCUCUCUUACGAAUCUCCCGUGCUACAGGCACAUAUAUUCCAUUGGCUCCGGCUCUUUUGGAAGUACUUAAUUCUACCGAAAUGAGGAAACCUCCUAAGUCAAGCACAUUACGACCAUUGGAUUUCAAUACCUCUAUCCGAGCAGCUAAGUCCUAUCUUCGCACCCGCGUCUAUCAAGACGGUGUUGGUGAACAGGUUGUUGAGCUGUUGUCAGAGUUCUUUGUCCUUUGGACGAAACACGUUGCUUUCCCUGAGCUCGCAUUACCAGUUGUUGUCAUGUUGAAACGGUGGCUUAAGGAGGCAGGAUCACGCUCGGGCGGCAACAAAAAUUCGAAGAUUAAUCACUUGGUUCUCCUUCUUGUGCAAAAGGUCGAACUCAAUUCUCGAUGGAUUGAAGAGCGUCGUGCUAAAGUCAACUUUGCCCCGAAGAACCGAGCGGAUGUGGAAAACUUCCUCAAGGAAACCGAGUGGGAGACUACCCCUCUGGGUGCAUUUGUUAAAACUCAACGCAAACUACGUGAGGAGAAGGCGGCCAUCCUUGAACAAGGUAGACAAGAUGAAGAAAAACAGCGACAACGGGAACGGGAGAAUGUUGACGAGGAAGAUGCCAUCUCAGAGAUUGAAAGUGAAGACGAGGAUGACGAGGAGUGA